AUGGCAGUCGCUUCGAUACAGGACCGAACUUCCGAGUUCCAGUCGGUUCUCGCGCAAGCGCAGCGUCGCAAAGCCUCGAGCAAACUUGGUGCUCAGCAACGAUCGCUUUUGACCGACUCCCAGAAGGCUGCAGCCGAUGGCGACUCCAGGCCGAGGCGAUCCGAGUUUGCGCGACAGGCGGCGCAAAUCGGGAGGGGAAUUUCUGCCACUAUGGGCAAGCUUGAAAAGCUAGCAACGUUGGCUCGACGCAGGACGCUGUUCGAUGACCGGCCGGUGGAGAUCAAUGAACUUACCUACAUUAUCAAGCAAGAUCUGAGCUCCCUCAACCAGCAGAUUGGCAACUUGCAGGUCCUCACCCGACAGCAGCACCCGAAGGCUGAUCAGGAAGGAGAGCACAACAAGAACGUUGUUUUCAUGCUUCAGGGCAAGCUGACAGACGUUUCCGCCAACUUCAAGGAUGUUUUGGAAGAGAGAACGAAGAACAUCCAGGCGUCCAGAUCACGGACAGAUAACUUUAUUUCGAGCGUUUCGCAGCAUGCGCAGCCGCCGCUACAGCAAUCGGCAUCGCCCUUGUAUGGCACGCCGCAACGAGGAACACCCUCACCUGGAGCCGACCUCCUCUCGCUGAACCCCCCCGGGGAUCAGCAGCUGCUCCUGAUGGAGGAGGCGCAACCACAAAACACAUAUAUCCAGGAGAGAGGCGCAGCUAUCGAGAGUAUUGAAUCCACGAUUGCCGAGCUUGGAUCUAUCUUCGGACAACUGGCAACCAUGGUGUCGGAGCAGAGCGAGAUGAUCCAGCGCAUCGAUGCCAACACGGAAGACGUGGUCGACAACGUCCAAGGGGCGCAACGAGAGCUUCUCAAGUAUUGGGGCCGUGUUUCAAGCAACAGGUGGUUGAUUGCCAAAAUGUUCGGCGUUCUCAUGAUCUUCUUUCUGCUUUGGGUGCUCAUUGCCGGCUGA